AUGUCGCCUCAGCUCACGGCUCAAGUCUCUAAGCCGUUUACUGAUGAUCGUCAUCUGUCUGAGGCUAUCGUCGAGGAGGGUCGCUUGCAAAGUCUACGGACUACCGCACUUGACGAAGUGUGUGAAGACUAUCUCCGCUCGUCGGCUGGUGUUUGUGCCGACUUUCCCUACCAUGCCGACCUCCUCGAUAAGAAGGACCUAGGGCUUAAGACGGUCAAGGCAUCGGAGCUCUAUCCAGGAAGGCCCGGAAGGGUUGAAGUUUCGAACCGUCAGUCCUUCCUGGACAGACGCAACAGCCAGGUUACGCCUGCUAAGAGUGUAUCGUCGUUUUAG